GUCAUCGCAGCCAGAAGAGCUCCCUCUUGACGACUUGCCGCUGCUGAGCGUAUCCCUUGAACCUAGUCCAUGCUCAAAUCCUCCAGAAGAGGAGCAGGAGCAGAAGAGCGACAGAGGUGAUGAGUCAGACGAUGCUGAGGAGCGGCCUUUUCAGGAGGAACCUCUUGAAGAGAUUAACGGAUGGCUAAUGUGUUAUGGUGAACCCCAUGGAGGGAACCGCCUGCAGGUUGCACGCCUGGCGAAGGCGUCGGCUGGCACGCCCGUUGCAGGCCUUUUCUGGAAGAGGCGAUACAUUCAGCUCAAGGACUCCCAGCUCAUUUGCUGGGCCACGAUGCCACAACCGCGAGGCCCGCGCAUGUCUCCGGUGGCUGUCCUUGUCCUCGCGCAGCUGGAGGAAGUUGCAGUUAUAGGCAAGACGCUGACUCUCCACAUGAGGAAUCAAAAGGGUUGCUUGCAAGCGCGCGCUGAGAGCGAUGAGCUCGCAAACUCCUGGGCUCGAGCCGUGAAGUUACACGCUGGGCGUGCCAUCAGCAAAAGCUUGCCUCCUGGAUGGGAUGUAGAGGCCAUGCUUAGCCGCGGAAUGGGUGGUUCUGCAGCAAAGAUGGUCAAUAAGGAAGUGUUGCCAGCCCCAUGCAACGUUGCUUUCCAGAAGUUACUGGAUCACUGCUUCGUGUGCAAGACGACCAAAGACCGUCGGGGGAACACAGUGCCGAUGCGGCUAGAAAUUGCAGAAGUAGUUCGGGUGCAGAAUGGUGCUGCCUGGAUGGAGUACGACAAGGCCAGACGCCGAAUAUGCGACAAGGUGUUCUCUGCGUAUCAGUGGGACAAGCAGCAUUCGGACUCUGAAUCCUCUAGCUCCUCGGCAACACCGGCCGGCGGCUUGGUGGCUGGCAUCUUGAUAUUAUUUUAG